CCGUUUCGUUUGAUAAAGUCUGUCGAUGAUGAGUCAGACAACAGCAGACCAGCGGACGACCUGUUGAGCAGCAGACGAAGUGACAAGUGCUGUAGUGUUAUCAAAACCGUCCAAAAUCAGCUCAAGAAAUCGUCCUGAUUGCCAGAAAGUGCAGUGAAUUGUGCAAAGACUCGAAUUAGUUUAUUUAAUUAUCGACCGCUGACAUAUCAUAUCUGCUAUGAUAAUCGGGUUUCUCCAAAGUAACAACCUGUAUCUUCCGAAAAUCCUGCAAUGACUCCCCAAUACAGCCCCAACUUGCACUACACCAAGCAGCCCUUGUUGACUCACCAAACGCCUGUGAUAUUUUACAAUAAUGCGAGCAAAAAACCGAAAGUCAAAAAAGAGAGGAACAAUGCCAUUAAAUGUGUUAUCGUCGGGGACAAAGAGGUCGGAAAAACAGCCUUAGCAGUGUCGUACAGCAAUGACACUUUUCCCAGCCAGUACGUCCCAACGGCGUACGACAAUUACAACGUUGAGGUUCAGGUGGACGGGAAGCCAAUCAGAUUAGAGCUAUGCGAUACAGCUGGUGAGGACGACUUCAACCCUCUCCGCAACCUCUGUUACCCCGGAACCGACGUUUUCAUGUUAUGCUUUUCCGUGGUGAAACCCACGUCGUUCCUGUCAGCGUGCACGCGAUGGGCCGACGAGCUGGCCCGAUACCACGACGCUGCGGUGGUUCUCGUCGGCACCCAAUCCGAUCUUCAAAACAACACCGAAAUCAUUCAGGGAUUAAGAUUACGCCGACAACGUCCAGUGCGUCCGUCCGAAGCCAGACAACUAGCCGACCGUCUCAACGCGCCAUAUGUCGAGACUUCGGCCAAAACGUGCCAACAUUUGAAAGAGGCUUUUGAUCAGGCCAUCAUGCUGGCACUGAAGAAAAACAAGAAACGAAAGCCGUGGCGAAAACUGUGCUGCUUUUGAAGAAACCAUUCCGUUCCUUGAUGGGUUGUGAACUCGGGAUAGACAUAUCUGUCUGAUGUCUGCACUUUUGGCAGGAUUCUCUCUUGAUAGUAUUAUGUAACGACUGAUCUAAAUUUUAUGGAAAUAAGUUCUUUCAGCGCGUUGUGAUUACGUUUUUUGGCAAUCGCCGGCGCGGUUGAGUGUUUUAUUUACGUCGUAAGUUAAGUGUAAUUAGAUCUCUUUGAAUUCGUUAGGUUUUAAUUAUACAAUUUUACUGCUCAUAUUAAUACUCUUGAAACGUAUGUAAAAUGUGAUAAUUGGUUUUUAUCAAACCGCUCAUGGUUGCUUGUUUAGGCUUAUUCAUGGUGUAAUAAUUACUGGUGUUAUUAUGACUUCCAUAUGAGAAAUUUUAAAUUUUAAGAUUAUAUUUAUUAAACGGUUAUUCGAUUUUAAA